AUGGUUGAUGCGACUACGGUAGCAGUGAGUUUUGCAGUUGGAUUGCCGGUUGGAUUGGCUCUUAUUAUUGCUUUUGGGUUUUGGGUUAAGACGCAACGGAGGUUUAAACAGGAGGAGAAGGACGAGGAGGAGCACGGCUCUCUUCACGAUGAAGAGUUGAGCUUCAUGGAGGCUAACGUGCCGGCAAGGAAACUUGCAGAGGGGCAGGGAUGUGUUAAGGAUGCGCCAGAGGUGUUUGGUGAAGGAAGGGGCGGUGGUCGUGUUGUUGGAGGUUCUGCAUCUGAGGAGUCUACGAGUAACGAUGAAAAGCUGGAUACUCCGGACACGGAUUCUUCAGGUCGCCAGCAGAAGGCAUCAGGUGGGGCCAAGAGAUCUAACACUAAAUACUACACACCUGCAUACCGACGGAAAAUAAAUGCGUCCUUGCUGCAAAGUACUAGCAGACAGCCAGAUGAAGUGAGUGCGACCAACAGUUCGGCUGCUUCGCUCGAUACAGAACGUGUACAGAGGAGUGCAUUUGAGCAGAUUGUGCCGGUGAUGUGCGCAGAGAGUGGGACAAUGUUGGCCGCUCCUGAUAUCUCUGUGUUCUCCGAUAAGCAUAGUCGUAACAGCAGUGAGAAUUUGAUUCGAUCUCUAAAUAACCAGGAUUUUGGGUCCUAUCCAAAACGCAGGCCCUCUGGUACAAAUAUAAAUGGCCUGGCGGUGUCCUCCGCAUCACUUUAUUCAUCUAAUUCCAGACUACCAUCCAGUUCGACCCUGAAUAGGCUUCCACAUGAUGAAAAUUUUGGACCGUUUGAAACUCCCUUAUCCAUGAAAACGUCUCGUGAUAUAUACGGAGUAGAUGGUACUGCCAUCAAACCAGACAUUUACAUGCUGAAAAACAACUACGAUGUAACUAACAGUGAGGAAAUAACUGAGGAAGACCAAUAUGAGAACGAGUUUACAAAUUACAGCGAAAACAAACGAGAAUUUAUUGCCUCGCUGAGGCCAAAAAAUACAAGAACUUGCACCUAA